CCGGCAAUGCCCAAACGACGAGAAAGCCUCUGAAAUUGCCAUAGCCAGAGUUCCCAUCAGUCUUCAGUCCUCAGCCUCCACCCACCACGACCCGAAUUCAGGAGCCCCAAAAGCGCCGCCGUCAACCUCCGCACCAAUCUGAGCACGAUGAUCCAGGUGGCAAGGUAUUUCAGGAGAACACUCUUUUCUGCUGCUAAAUCGGAAACUUGUGCCGCGGCUUCUGCGGCUAGGACGACGGAGUACAACCCUCUUGAGGAGUUCUUUGAGAAAGAUAGAAGCCAAGAGGAAGAAAAGCCAGUUGUCUACGGUCGAAGUUGGAAGGCAGAUGAAUUGCGUCUGAAGUCUUGGGACGAUCUCAAUAAGCUAUGGUAUGUUCUGCUUAAGGAGAAAAACAUGCUGAUGACUCAACGCCAGAUGCUUCAUGCGCAGAAUCUCCGGUUUCCCAAUCCUGAGCGCCUUCCCAAAGUGAGGAAGUCGAUGUGCCGUAUCAAGCACGUUCUCACUGAGAGAGCGAUCGUAGAACCAGAUCCCAGGAGGUCUGCUGAGAUGAAGAGGAUGAUAAAUGCUCUGUGAUAACUUCCACCUUGUGGAUCUCCAGAGUCACCGUGCAUUGGAUAUGCCGGGUCAUUGCGAAUGCUGCCUUCUUUUUCUCCUUGUAGACUAGAACUAAUAGUGAUUCGAUAUCGUGAGCUUAGGAGCAACGUGUAAUCUGUUGUUGAAUCUAUGAUGGUUUGUCUUUUGCGUUUUGAGAUGCAAAUAAUCAAUACUAUUUAUUCGACUUGCA